CCUGCUCCCUUCCUUAUCCUUCACUGCAUCAUCCCCUUCCUGGUCCUCCCAGGUGAGUGCCCACGCCUUGUCACCAUGACGACCAUUCACCACAAGCAGAUGCUUCAGGAGCACGUGUCCAUGGAGUUCUCCAGCUCUACCACCCACAUGCAGACCUUCUCCUAGACAACCAAGAUCGUGGGAGAGGAAGUGGUGGAGAGGAAGUUCUCCAGCUCCACAGAGUUCUUCAGCUUGGUGACCCAAAGUUCAAACAUCUCUGCUGGCGAGAAUGUCCCGGAGUUCAUGGAGAAGCCUCAGCCGGUCGCCUCACCCGAGGGGGAUAAAGCUGUGUUCCGAGUCCAAGCGCAGGGGAACCCCAAACCCAAUGUCUCCUGGGAGAGAGAGAAUGGCAUGCCCAUCAAGGAGUCUGCCAAGAUCCUCUACAACAGUGUGAACAAGGAGCACGUAUUGAAGCUGGAGUCACUGACCCCUGACGACUCUGAAUACAAGUGCACUGCACGCAAUGACCAUGCAGACGCCAUCUACACCGUGUCCUUGCUGGUGACUGAGGGCCAAGAAAAAUUGGAUUUCAAAAAGAUGUUGAAGAAGAAUGGACUCCCUGCUCCCAAGAAGAAGCAGAAGAAGGUGACAGAUGAGAAAGAGAUGCUGGACUUUUUUCCCAAGGUGCCCAAGAAGGACUUUGAGAAGGUCUGCGUGGAGUAUGGUUUCACCAGCUUCCGGGGGCUGCUCAGGAAGCUCAAAGGGAUGAAGAAAGUGGAGGUAGAGGCCAUCUGAAUUCUGAAACCCCUGGAAGACGUAACAGCCAAGGUGGACACCAUGGUGGUCUCUGCCUGCAUCAUGGAGCUGAAGGACCCCAAUGUCAAAACACCGUGGGUCAAGGAUAAUGAGCCACUGAGGAUCCGGUACUUCCUGGGGAAGUAUGAUGUGAAGCAGAUGGGCACCGAGUACACGCUGCCCAUUACCGAUGUGAACAUGAGUGAUGCAGGCACCUACAGCCUGGCUGUGGCCAACAGGCGGAUGAAUGCAGAGCUCAUGGUGCUGGAUAAGUCACUGAAGUUCUUGGGAGAGAUGAAGCUGGUGAAGGUAACAGAGUGCCAGACAGCUGUGUUCGAGAUCCGCCUCUCUAGGAAAGUGCCCGACUUUGUGUGGAAGUUCAAUGGAAAGGAGCUGAAGAGGGGUGGAAAGUAUGAAAUCACAGUGUCUGAGGAUGGUCUGACCCACACGUAUAAGAUUCAGGAUGCCAGACUCAGUGAUGGUGGCGAGUUCUCUGCCAAGGCAGGAGACCUGGUUCAGAAGACCCAGCUCACUACUGACCAUGAGUGCUUGGGCCAGAGCUUGAGUGGCAUCCCUAUAAAAUUUGUGAGCACCCUCAAGAAUGUGCUCAUGAAAGAGAGGAGCCGUGCCUGCCCUGAGUGUGAGCUGACAUCCAAGGAUGUGACCUUGUACUGGAAGAAGGAUGGGCAGCUGCUGGUGCGAAGCUGCACUGAGUUUGACCUCAGUGCCUGGUUGAAGAGUCACAUGGUGGUUUGCGCUGGGACAGCCUUCUGCAUCCACGCUGCCUUCUCUGGCUCCCCACCACCCAACAUGAUCUGGCUGAAAGACGGCAUCCCUACCAAGGGCCGGGAAAUUAUCACCAAGAGCAAAAACCACUCCCAGUUCCUCAUCAACAGCACCAAGUGUUCUGACUCAGGGGUGUACCACAUUGAGCUCCAGAAUGUGUCUGGAGAGGUGUACCACGACUUCCACGUGUGUGUGGCAGGUAUGACAAUGAGCAGUACAAGGUCACAUCCUUGGAAGUCAGGCUCCUUUGGCACCACAGAGUCAUCGGGGUUUCGUGAGCUGGGUCUCCGGGGCGUCUUCCGAGCUCUAGGCGGGAGCGUGUGGGUGGGGAUCUUGGGGUGCGCUUACCGCUCGCCACGUCCCCCACUCCCACAACCAACCGACCCUCGCACAGUCGAGGAUCUGAGCGCCAAUCUGAAGCCGUACCAGCAGAAGGACUGGCGCCACGUGCCGCGGUUCCUGACCCCGCUCAAGCCGCACACCGUGACCCGCGCCUUCCUGGGGAACCUGCGGCCCACCGUCACCCUCUACAAGGGCCACGUCAACAUCACAGCCAACUCAAAGUUCUGGUACAACUCCACUAGCAGCGUGUGCACCAUCGUCAUCCCCACCUGCACGCAAGGCGAGUACCGCGUGCUGGUGGAGAACAAGCUGGGCAAGGACUGCAGCAGCUCCAAGCUCACCGUCUAUGGUGAGGGCGCCGAGCCGGGCUCCGGCAGGCCUGGAGGUGGUGGGCGCCCCCGGCUGAGUCCUACCUGGGGUGGAGGCACAAAAUGGCAGUCUUGUGGGAGGUCGAUCGAUUAUUUUCCUAUGGCUGACACUAUCUUUUAUUUAAUCUGCCAUGGGGUGGUGUACAUAUUCUCUAACUGACCAAAGUUCGAACCACUCUGCCAUCUUCUCUAUAUCAUUUGUUAUGUAUCCGGCCCCUGAAGACUUGGGAGUUGGCAAUCAAGAGUCUGUAGUUUGCAACCCUUCAGUUCAGUUCAGUGGCUCAGGUGUGUCUGACUCUUUGCGAACCCAUGGACUGCAACACGCCAG